UGCGUCACUACAUAUCUUUCAUUCCUUCCUUCUCUAGAAAGGCUGAAGUUGCCAAGAGCUUGGAUAAACUAAUCGAGGUAUGGACUCGUCAGCUUUACUCAUAAGGAGAAUAUUUGGGAGGUUCUAUUUAUGAAAGUGGUUGGUGAUGAAACUUUUCUCUUACGGUUGAUUUUGUUUGAUUUUGUUUCUGUUUGUUUUGAUACUCGCCAUAUUAGAGGCUUGAAAAUCUUGUUGGCUUGCGUGGAUGACUACAACUUGGGUCGUUGUAUAGAUGUGAAGAUAUCGUGAGAUGCUUACACUCUGACUCUGAUCGAUCUCAAGUCCACUUUUAUCGCAUGUACUUUCUCCUAUAUCUUUCGAUUGAAGAAAUCCUAAUCAUAGCUUUAAUACGUCCAGCAUGCACCACCUCACCUCACUCUUCGUCGUCUUCCUUUCUUUCCUCCCUCUCUUUACUCAAGCGUGCCUCGUCUACUACGCAACCUUCCCCUUCGAUAACGAUAAACCGUUUGUGGGGAAGAUCAUUGAUAAUGGGGUUGAGACGUGUUCGAUCAAUAUGACGUAUAAUGAACAUUGGAGAUGGCAGGCGUUGGAGAAUGAAAAGGAUUGGGAGAGGGAGGAGUGGGCUUGGAAACCCUGGCAUUUCACAUGCACUCAAAAACUAUGGCAGGGGAAAAUGAAGGGUAACAAUACAGACCGUACAUACGCAGCAGAACUCGGCGUCGGUCUCCGUGGCGUAACAUACCAUGCGCAUGGCGAGAAAUUCUGGUUCAAUCCGGAUACGGUGGAGGAUGUAGCGGGCGAAAGAUGGGUUUAUAGUAAGAAGUUGUGGUGUGCUGGGAAAUAA